GGGUUUGAAAGCGCUCGGGCGGGCGCGGGAAGCUCCGGCUGGUCGAGCGCGCAGAUUUCCUCUCGGGCGGUGACCUUCUCCAGCAGCUACAGGGUGGCCCUUUAUCUGUCGCAGCUUCUCUGGUGCUUCCAGCUUCUGCAGCUUCUGGGCUUGUGAGACUCUGCUGAAUUGGGGCCCCUUGAGGCCUGAGGGAUUCUCUCCUGAUAAGCCUUUGCCACCUUUUUCACUCUGGACCCUCACCCAGGACCCAGCCUUCUUCCUGAGUCUGAGCUAGGACCCCCUGCUGGGGACCACCCAGGUUCCUUUGACUCUAACCUUCACACCACCAUAGACUCUACGAAUUUGCAAGAGCCAAAGGGAGGGAGCUUCCAGCCAGACACAGCCGAGAACACUGGAACCAUGACAACCAGCCACCAGCCUCAGGACAGGUAUAAGGCAGUAUGGCUUAUCUUCUUCGUGCUGGGCCUGGGGACAUUGCUCCCCUGGAAUUUUUUUAUCACAGCAACUGAGUAUUUCAAAAACCGCCUGGACCUGUCCCAGAAUAUGUCCUCGGUCACUGACAGAACAAGCAAGGACACCGAGGCCUUGGCUGACCCCACAGUGUCCUUGCCAGAGGGACGCCACUCUCUCAGUGCCAUCUUCAACAAUGUCAUGACCCUGUGCGCCAUGUUGCCCCUGCUGCUCUUCACCUGCCUCAACUCUUUUCUGCAUCAGAGGAUCUCUCAGUCUGUUCGGAUCUUGGGCGGCCUGGUGGCUAUCCUGCUACUGUUCCUCAUCACUGCCGUCCUGGUGAAGGUGGAGAUGGAGGCUCUGUCCUUCUUCAUCAUCACCAUGAUCAAGAUCAUGCUCAUUAAUUCAUUUGGUGCUGUUUUGCAAGCCAGCCUUUUUGGUCUGGCUGGUGUCCUGCCGGCCAACUACACAGCCCCCAUCAUGAGUGGCCAAGGCCUGGCUGGCUUCUUCAGCUCUGUGGCGAUGAUCUGUGCCAUUGCCAGUGGUUCCAAGCUGUCAGAAAGUGCCUUUGGCUAUUUCAUCACAGCCUGUGCAGUUAUUGUUUUAGCUAUAUUGUGUUACCUGGCUCUGCCUCGGAUGGAAUUCUAUCGCUAUUACGUGCAGCUCAACCUGGAGGGGCCUUCAGAGCAGGAGACAAAGUUGGAUCUCAUCAGUAAAGGAGAGGAUCCAAGAGGAGGAAGAGAGGACUCUGGGGUGCCGGCCCCCAGCUCUCCACCCACCAGCAGAAAUCACUCUAUCAAAGCCAUACUUAAGAGUAUCUCCGUCCUGGCUCUGUCUGUCUGCUUCAUCUUUACAGUCACCAUUGGGUUGUUCCCUGCUGUGACUGCUGAGAUCAAAUCCAGCAUUGCAGGCACAAGUGCCUGGGAAAGCUAUUUCAUACCCGUGGCUUGUUUCUUGAAUUUCAAUGUCUUUGACUGGCUAGGCCGGAGCCUCACUGCUGUUUGCAUGUGGCCUGGAAAGGAUAGCUUCUGGUUGCCGGUUUUGGUGAUCGCCAGGAUCGUGUUUAUCCCCCUGCUGAUGCUAUGCAAUGUGAACGUGAAACAGCGCUACUACCUGCCUUCCAUCUUUAAGCAUGACGCCUGGUUCAUCGUCUUCAUGGCCGCCUUUGCCUUCUCCAAUGGCUACCUUGCCAGCCUCUGCAUGUGCUUCGGGCCCAAGAAAGUCAAACCAGCCGAGGCAGAGACAGCAGGAAACAUCAUGUCCUUCUUUCUGUGUCUGGGCCUGGCUCUGGGCGCUGUAUUAUCUUUCUUGUUAAGGGCACUGGUGUGACCACAUGGGCACAGAAGGACUGCACUGCCUGCCUGCUUCCUGCUCAUUUCCUUCCCUGCCCGGGAUGAGCAGGGGUCCAGAGGUUUGCUCUUCUAGCCGACCUCUACUUUCUUCUGGCCUGUGCUUGGCCCCGAUGGACUUGGGAUUGAGGGGUCAGAAUGGCAAGGGGCACGGUCUCUGACUGACAUCUCUGACUGGUUCCUGCUUGAGCGAAGCACAAGAGACUCCCAGGCAGAGUGAGAUCCGUCCUCUGACAAGGAUGGGGUGGAGGUGGAUGGCUGACUGCCGUAUCAUGUGAUCUUAUGUUCCCUCUCCCUCCUUUUUUUCUGUGCCUGUUCUCCAUGUCCCUGCUCCUUGUCAUUUUACUGCCUUUUUUUAUACUGACAGAAACCAGGUGCGUUCAGAGGCUCUCUGAUUAAAUAAACUUUUUUUUUUUUUCCUCCGCAGCUCCCUGUGUGUCCUCCCAAGGUUUAACUCCUUGGAGAGGAGAGGAGGCUGGCAGCCUGAGUCUAGGGGUUGAGCAUGACCCAAGGUUGGGCCUGGGUAUAGGGAGGAUAGAGCCUUUUAGUCUCAGAGGGACUGCAGUGCCCCCUACUGGGGCCACAGAGAAUAAACAGGCCUGGAGCCAAGAAACUCCAGACUGUGGCCCAGAUCUUGAAAGACAAGUUUUCUCUUCUGCUCACUCUCUCCCCCCCCCCCCCCCCGCCACCCCAAGUCCAGGUGUAGUUCAAGUUGUCAUCACAUUCCAUAUGUACCUGAGGAUGACCUUGUACUGUUCCUCCUGCCUUCACCUCUCCAGUGCUGGUGCCGCAGACAUGUACUACCAUGUCCUGGAUCUAGGGAUCAAAGCCAGGGUAUUUGUGCAUGCUAGGCUGGGAGGUGGCUCGGGCUCUUCCCAGCUGAGCUGCGCCCUAGCCCCUCUUUCUUAUUUCAGAGGACUGGACAUGGAGGCAGCUUUGGUUGUUUUCUUUGUCUUAACUGUUACCUUCCCCUCCCCCCACAAAUGCUGUCCUCAGCCCCUGGAACGAACUCUGCCAAACUGGCCAGCACCACCCCCAGCCGCUGGCCAUACUCCCACAUCCCUGGGCAGGAAAAGGCAGAGGCCUGGGUUCUCUCCCUUACCUUGGCUCCAGGCCCUGACACCAAAGCCCAGGGCUGCCAGACUUCCUGGAGAACAACGGACCUAUGUGUCCUCAUGUUGGAGUUGGACCUUCCCAUUCUCCAACCACACUGUGGUCUGAGGAAGGGUGGGUUGGGAUGGGAUGGGAGACUGUCUCAGUGGAGGGGGCACUAGUCCUGGUGCCCCACUGGAGGAGAGAGGAACACCGACCCUAAGCACCCCCCAGUCCCAGCCCUGGGAGGUGGCUCAGGCUUUUCCCAAAGAGCCAGCAACUUUUGCUCUCCUCCCCCACUCCCACCCCCACCCCCCAGGCCCCAGGGCUGUUUGCUCUUUGGUUCUUGACCAGCUGAUGGCUACAGAGUUGGCCCAACUCUUGGGACUUCCUUUUUUACAGAAAUUUCAUUUAAAACAGUGGUUCUCAGCCUUCCUAAUGCUGCAACCCCAUAAUAAUAUAGUUCCUCUUGUGGUGAGCCCUAGCCAUAAAAUUAUUUUUGUUGCUACUUCAUAACUGCAGUUUUGCUGCUGCUAUGAAUGUAAAUUUGUUUUGUGAUGGUCUUAGACCCCUCCACACACACACACCAAAGGUCACAACCCACAGGUUAAGAACCGCUGAUUUAAACAAAGGUUUCAGACCUUUAUGGGUAAUAGUGGUUUUUUGUUUUGUUUCCUGAAACAGGGUUUCCCUAUGUAGCCCUGGUUGUCCUGGAACUCUAGACCAGGCUGGUCUCGAACUCUGAGAUCUGCCUGCCUCUGCCUCCAGAGUGCUAGGAUUAAAGGUGUUUACCAUCA